UUAUAGAAAUAAUGUUUUUGGCGAAAUUUUCUCCGAUGUCGGUCAACCUUCCGCUCAGACGGUUACUCUCCUCCAGUCUGAUAACAAGGGCGGAGAAGAAGGAUAGAUACAGGGAGGAAGGAAUCUGUACAAACACUACUGGAGAUAUAAUCUGCUGCUGGCAUCCUGAACCACAGUUCCCAUACCAUCUUUCCCAACCUAUACCUAGGUCGAAUGUAGUUGAAACGGAUUCGAAACUUAAUGUGCAACAUGUAGAACAAAUGAAGGAUUUGUAUCAUCACAAACACGAGAGGUUUCAGAGACGCGAAUUAAUGAGAUUAACUUGGACUACUAAGCAUAGGUAAAAAAUAUGGAAAAUCCUAGUUUUGUAAUUACAAGCAAUGUUUAUAUAGCUGUAUGAACAUUAAAGGGACAGACCGGCUAUGCAAGGUAGUUAAACUGAGUUUUCAGUGUGGUGGA